AGGGUUUUUGGCCUUGAGGUGCCUUCAAAAGGCUGCAGCUACGCAUUUCUCACUUCUCAGCAGGAUACCUAGGGCGCCGCAAGGAAGAAGCCAGAGAACGUGAGCUGACGGCUCCGACGAACAAGAGCCAUGGUUCACGUUUCAUUCUACCGUAACUAUGGGAAGACCUUCAAGAAGCCUCGCCGUCCAUAUGAGAAGGAACGUUUGGAUGCUGAGUUGAAGCUUGUGGGAGAGUAUGGACUUCGCUGCAAAAGGGAGCUGUGGAGGGUUCAGUACGCUUUGAGUCGUAUCCGUAAUAACGCAAGGGAGCUUUUGACCCUUGAUGAGAAGAACCCACGUCGGAUCUUCGAGGGUGAAGCUCUUCUGCGAAGGAUGUUUCGUUAUGGGCUUUUGGACGAGAGUCAGAACAAGCUCGAUUACGUCUUGGCUUUGACCGUGGAGAACUUCCUCGAGCGUCGUCUUCAGACACUUGUGUUCAAAUCAGGGAUGGCCAAGUCAAUUCAUCAUGCUAGGGUCCUCAUCAGGCAGAGGCAUAUCAGGGUUGGGAGGCAGGUGGUGAACAUCCCAUCUUUCAUGGUGCGAGUUGAUUCCCAGAAGCACAUUGAUUUUUCACUCACAAGUCCAUUCGGAGGUGGACGUCCUGGAAGAGUGAAGAGAAAGAACCAAAGGGCUGCUGCCAAGAAGGCUGCUGGUGGAGAUGGAGAUGAGGAGGAUGAGGAGUAAAUUAUGGAUUUAUCCUUUCGCUGGUACUUUUAGAUCUGCUGUCUGUUUUUGUGUCGUUAGUAUUGUUAGUUUUACUGCAUGAUUCAGUGUCAUACUUUACAAGCCUCCUUGUUUCUUGUUUGAAGAAAGCUUUCCCUGAGUUAUGUCAUGGAAAAUUAUCUAUUCUAAAUUUACAAGUUUUGCUCCGAGUUCCAA